AUGGCUGGUGUUCUCUAUAUCGAUACUUCCUUCACCAAGAUCACGGUGAAGCCUGUUCACCCUACCUUUGGGGCUGAGAUUCAGGUCCCGGACUGGAAUAAUCUCGAUGAUGAUGCUGUCCGAGAGAUCAGCAACGCUUGUAACAAGUAUGGCUUCUGUAUCUUUCGCAAUACUGGGCUGGACGACAAGGGUCAUGUCGAGUUCUCUUGGAGACUAGGGGAACUCGACAACAUUAAGCGCUUUAUCACCGGCGAGCGCAAGCUACGAUACCAGUACUUUGAGCUUUUCGACGCUGGGAACAUCGCCGACGACGGCUCUCUCCUCGAUCCCGAGAGCACUCGUGCCCACACUAACCGAGGCAACCAGCUUUGGCAUACCGAUUCUAGCUAUAACUUCCGUAGAGCCAGCUUCUCCCUCCUCCGCGCCGUCGAGCUUCCCCCCAAGGGUACCGGCGGUCACACCGAGUUCGCCGACACCCGCACCGCCUUCGUCGAGUUGCCGGAUGAAUUGAAGAAGGAGCUUGUCAAGAACAAUUACGUCGGUUGCCACACCCUCGCUCACUCCCGCAAACUUGGUUCCCCCGAGUACUUCAAGGACCUGGAUCCCAGCAAAUUCCCCAUGGCUCGCCACCACAUUGCCCAGAUCCACGAGGGAAGCGGCCGCGUGAACCUCUACGUCGGCGCCCAUCUCCACCAUAUCGAAGGCCUCUCUGACGACGAGUCUACUAAGCUACGCGACACGCUCAAUAAGCAUGUGGCGCAGCCUAAAUACACCUACACCUUCGAGUGGGAGCAGCCCGGGGACAUGAUCAUGUGGGAUAAUCGUGCCACCCUUCAUCGGGCCAUGGGCGGCUCUUUCGCAGGCAAAUACCGCCGUGAUCUGCGCCGGACGACCGUUCACGAUGACAGCGCCGGCGCCUGGGGCCUCAACAGCACUGCGGGGGUCACUGCGCUUGGCUAUCAGCUCAGCAAUAAGACACUGGGCACGCCGGAGAUGACGCCCGCAAUUAGCACGGCGAACCCUGUCGCUGUUGCUGCGGCCUCGUAG